AUGACGUCUCAAGCUUUUGAAGAAGGCAGCAAAAAGAGUGGUGUCCUUGUAAGCAAGACCAGUGGGAUGCAUAGCACUGAGCUGAGAAUGUGGCUCUGGGUCACAGUUCUGAUUUCCCAUGCUGUGUAUUUGGCUGUGGAGGAAGAAACUGAUGAAGGAAUACCUUGUUCAAAAUACCAGCAAGCUUUCAACCAUUCAUGCUAUGAGAUUGUUAGACUCCAGCAAACCUUCACAGGUGCCCAGAGCUGGUGUGAGAGAGAAGGAGGGCAUCUUGUCUUUAUUCAAAAUGAGGAAACUCAAAAGUUCUUGCAAAAACAUAUUGCUGAGGAUCAGGAAUGGUGGAUAGGACUGAUCUCAAACUCCUUGCUGAAUGAAACUACUGAUGGGUCAAUAACUUGGCUGGACACUUCAAAUAUAAUCUACAGUAACUGGUACAAGGAUCAGCCGUCUCACUUCUCAUCCAUGUGUGGGUACAUCCUGAAGAAUGCCAAGUAUCAGUGGGGUGUGACUGAAAAUUGCAGUCAGGAAUUUGACUUCAUUUGCGAGUUUGAAUCUGGCCAGAGCAUCGCUUGUGAUAACUCCAAUGCCACUGUACAGUGUGGAUCAGGAGAAGUGAUUCAAAUUGAAGAGAGCUUCUACGGGCGGAAGACCCCGCACUACUGCGUGUCAGAGACUCUGCAGUUUGAAAGAGAUGAAGGCUGCAGCUGGCUCAAUGUCAAAGAUGAAGUAACAGGCCAGUGUCACGGGCUGCAGGCCUGCCAGGUGGCAGCAGAUGGCACUUUCUUUGGAGAUCCUUGUCCAGCUUUGGGAAGCUAUUUGUCUAUUCAAUACCACUGCAAGGAAGGUCUGCAGCUGAUUAUGAAAGACACAUGUUUUGUCUUUGAAAAUAUCACAGUCACUUUGAUCUGGCUUCUCUCACCAUAUUCUGGGAACCUUUCCUGUACCAUUAGCACUGGAGAUGGUCACACCAUUGAUCCUUACUACCCUCUAACACUGGUCAGCAACAUCACAUACAGGUACUCCUCUCCUGGGGAGUUUACUGUUUUUGUGGAGUGCACCACCAGUGAGUGGCAUGUGAUGGCACAGAGGCAGGUGACAGUUCAGGAUCAGGAGGAUCAGCUCAGCAUUACGGGGUGCUACAGCCAGUAUGGAACAGGGAACAGCUCCCGCUGCCAAACGCUCUAUGGGGAGGACCUGUGGGUCCAAGUUCAGCUCAGUGGAGGCAAUGGAGUAACCUACAGUGUGUUAGCAGAUAACAUGACAUUGAGUGAAUCCAGUGCAAAGGAAGGUCUUGUUCCCCAUAACCUGACACUCAGCAGGGCCUCUCAAGAGCUGAUAGGCCCAGGGAUGCAUCAGCUGGAAAUCCGAGCAUCCAGGAGCAUGAUGGCACCGGAGAUCUCUGGGACUAUUGCUGUCCAUUUAAUUGAGCCAGUGUCUGGAAUUCAGGCUGCAGUAGCUUCCCACACUCUGCAGCUGGGGGAGGAUUUGGAGGUGAAUGUCUCUGUGUCCCGUGGUGCCCCAGAGAAGCUGAUGUUUGAGGUGACUGGAUCCAACCGAACGCAGUGCCACAGAGCAGACAGCCCUCGUGGGGAGCCGCGGACGUACGGCGUUCCCGUGCCCUGGGAAGGUACAGCACACCGACACCUCCUGCGCUUCCAGGACAUCACAGAUGAGCACAGGUCACAUAAAGAGUCACAGCAUCCUGGCCUAGGGGACAGUACUUUUGUAGUGAAAGUGGUGGCCAUGAAUGACUUCUCAAACAUGAGUCUGGAUCUUGGAUUCAUCACUGUGUUGGCAAACAGCUCCCAUAAAAAAGAUUCUGAUAAGGAAGAAGGCAGCUACAAAACAAAUACCCGAAAGAAAAAUGAUCACAAAAUAUAUAUUAAACCAAGUCGCCAUGUGGAUCCUUUCACAACUGUUACACUUGGCUGGCCAGACAGAAACAAUAAUUCCAGUUUUCUCUGGACCUGUGGAGCUUGCUGGCCUGCCUGGAGUGAAUGUGUGAAACAACAGAUAAUCCUAAUCAACCAAAGUGAGGUGCAAAUCCCACCUUCCUGCCUUCCUCCUCCGAAAUCAGCAGUGACUGUCAGGAUUACUGUCCAAAACCACGGCAGUGAAGAGAGGCAGGACGAGCAAUGUCUCUAUGUGACUGCAAAAAAACAAGAACUGCAACUGGAAAUCAGGUGUGAGUCAAACUGCAAGCCAGUGAAUGUUAGUGAUGAAGUUGUUUUGAGUGUCUCUGGACAGGAGGACUCCCAGGCUAUAUAUUAUAACUGGUAUUUAGAUAACACAUUCCAAAACAAGUCUACAACCCUCCCUCUAGCCUGUGGCCUGACUGGUUUCCGGCAAAACUCUUUGAAUUUGCUCCAAAGCAACUCAUCUGUGUUAAGAAUGACCAGCUCCUUCCUGCAGACACAAGGAGAAGCUUUUCAGAUUAAAGUAACAGCCGCGACUCAGCGAGGCUACGGGGAGCGAUGGUUCCUGGUGAGCACCGUGCCCCCGCCCGAAGCCCCCGGCUGUGCCGUGAGUCCCGGGCACGGCUCGGUGCUCACCGCCUUCAGAGUCUCCUGCAGCGCUCCCAGCUCGGAAGGGUCGGGCCAGGCCAGCCCUGGCAGGCAGCUCACGUAUUGCUUCUAUGUGACACCAGAUUCUCUCCUGGAUUGUAGCCCGGAUCCUGAACUCUUCCCAGUUUAUCUUCCACUUGGAGAAGAGGAAAAUAAUUUUAUUGUACAUGUGAAAAUUGUCGUUAGCAACAACGUUGGUGAUACAGUUCAAACAAAUGCUUCAGUGAAGGUUGGACCUGCAGAUAUGAUGGACGGGAACCUGACCCUGCAGGCUGUGCUAUCUGAGAAGGCAAACACCAUCCUAAAAGAUGGGAACAGCAGCAUGAGUCUCUUCCAACUGUACAAGUCAGUGACAUCUGUCCUUAAUCAGCAGAUCCAAGAGGAAAGUUUUAACAUGUCUUUACAGACAAACACACGAAAAGAGCUCCGAGGGCUGAUGCUGACAACACUCUCUGUUGUUAACAUAACAUCAAUGCAGACUGCUCUGAAGAUGUCAGAGGUAUUGAAAGAAAUCACUUACAGGAGUGAAGAGCUGUCUGUCUCAGCACAGGUGGAAGCCAGCAACACUCUGAGACAUGUCAGUGCCUCCUUGCUCACUGUAAACACAGAGCACAGCAGAGAUGGUCAGGAGUUAAAGGAAGCAGCCAACUAUCUGUUUAAUGCAGUGAGUAGUGUUCUUAAAGCUUCUGUAGAAAUGAAAGCUGGGAACACUUCAGUGCCAGAGGCAAAACAGAGUUCAGUGUCACACCAGCUCCUGAGUACAGUUGAAAAUCUCCAGAGUGCCCUUCUGUUUGGGAAGGCACCAGGUGAUGAGCCAACAGUCCUCAGCUCUCCCUCUGCCACAAUGUACAUGCACAGAUUACAAACACUAAACAUGGAUAGCACAUCCAUUAACAUCUCCAAUUCCAGCUCUGCCAGCUUUACUCUCCCACCUGCUUCCUCUCUCAAUAUUUCAGGAGUUGAUGGUGAAACAGUGGAUAUAAGGAUGGUGAGCUUUGCCAUGAAUCCCUUUUUCUCCAGUGACAGCAGUUUUGACAUCAGUGGAACAGUGGGAGGUCUAAGUCUCACUGGUCUGGAUGGUUUGAUCAUACCAGUCAGCAACCUCAAAGAGAACAUUGAGAUCAUGUUACCAAGGCUUUCAGCAACUCAGGAAGAUAAGAUUCUGUUGAAUCUGGGCAAUUAUAGCACUUUUCAAGUCAAUAUUACCUCAGAAAACACAUCUAUAGUGAUUCAUCUGGAAUCUGAACAUGACAUUUCACUAAUACUUUACUUGGGGUAUGGUUAUCACCCAAAUGAAACCAACUAUGAUAUGAAAAAUCAUCUGUUCUAUAAGAAAACUUCUGGAGGUGACAUGAACAGCUGGGUUCUCAGCCCAGAAGAACUCAUUUUUGGAGAGGGAACCUACUAUUUCAUGGUUUUACAAGAUAUGGGAGUAGAUUCAACAGUCUACAAUGGGCUAACCAUAAAUGCCACUUGCUUUGCAUCCCACUGUGUAUUUUGGGACGAGCACCAGAAAAGCUGGAACAGCUAUGGAUGUCAUGUAGGACCAAAAACAAAUCCUAGCAGCACACAGUGCCUCUGCAACCAUCUGACCUUCUUUGGGAGCUCCUUCUUUGUCAUACCCAAUGCCAUAGAUGUCAGCAAAUCAGCACAGCUGUUUGGUACAUUUGUGGACAAUCCUGUGGUGGUGACAACUGUAGGAUGCAUUUUUCUGAUAUAUGUGCUUGUAGUUAUUUGGGCUCGAAGGAAAGACAUCCAGGAUAAUGCCAAAGUGAAAAUCACAGUCCUGGAAGACAAUGACCCCUUUGCUCAGUAUCGUUACCUUGUGACAGUUUUCACAGGACACCGCCGUGGUGCAGCCACAACCUCCAAGGUGACUCUCACCCUCUAUGGACUGGAUGGAGAGAGUGAGCCCCACCAUCUAAAUGAUCCUGAUACACCAGUCUUUGAACGUGGAGGAGUGGAUGUUUUCCUCCUCUGUACCUUCUUUCCUCUUGGGGAACUACAGAGUAUUAGACUGUGGCAUGAUAAUUCAGGGGACAGUCCAUCCUGGUAUGUGAAUCGAGUAUUAGUCCAUGACCUGGCAUGGGAUCAGAAAUGGUACUUCCUCUGUAACUCUUGGCUAGCCAUUGAUAUUGGAGAAUGUGUCCUAGAUAAAGUGUUCCCAGUAGCAACAGAACAGGACAUGAAGCAGUUCAGCAAUCUGUUUUUCAUGAAGACCUCCAAGGGUUUCCAGGAUGGGCACAUCUGGUACUCAGUUUUCAGCCGCUCCCCUCGAAGCUCCUUCACACGAGCCCAGCGUGUGUCCUGUUGCUUCUCACUGCUGCUCUGCACCAUGCUGACCAGCAUCAUGUUCUGGGGUGUGCCAAAGGAUCCUGCUGAGCAGAAAAUGGAUUUGGGUAAGAUCGAGUUCACAUGGCAGGAAGUGAUGAUUGGCUUUGAGAGCUCUCUCCUCAUGUUCCCCAUCAACCUGCUCAUUGUGCAGAUCUUCAGGAACAUACGACCCCGGCCAGCCCAGCAGAGCAGAGAGAAGAAGCCGGGGAAGAAUGGCCGAGUGUCCCCAAGCCUGCCUUCCACUCCAGAGGCCUCCCAGGCUGCCUCUCUCACUCCAGAGGCUGUGACAAAGGACAUAAGAAGAAUUGCCAACUCACUCUUUAAAGCCCUGAAGACUCCAUCUCUCACCUCAGCACCAGACCUUGAAAAAUCAACUAAUAUCAACUCACUCCUGUCACUGGUUGAGGAUGUCAUCUGUCAGCAGAACAGAGCUGGGCAAGGGUUUUAUGAUGACAGCAAGAAGGACGGCCCUAUAAUUGUCACAUUGGGUGCUAUGGAUGUCCAAGAAAAAACAAGUCCAACUCCAGAGAAGAGAAUUUGUGACCAGCUGAAAUACAGUGAUUACCAUCGUUGCUUGUACCUGCAACUCCAGCAUGUAGAGAUGGAGCUGGAAUUACUGGGGCCCCAUAAAUUUCAGAUGCCUCAGAGUUACACACAAGCUGUUUGUCAGGUUCAGCACAUGAAGAACCUCCUGGAGAACCAAAUCUGUUCAUCAGCAUCCAUCAGUGAAGGGUGGUCCCAUAGUCCAAACUUGUCCAGUGAUAACAAGAAAAGUUCUCCUAGAGGGCUGCCCUGGUGGUUUGUGUUCAUUGCUUGGUUCCUUGUGGCAGCCACCAGCAGUGUGUCCGGGUUCUUCACCAUGCUCUACGGACUCCAUUACGGCAAGGAGAACUCCAUCAAGUGGCUCAUCUCCAUGGUCAUCUCCUUCUUGGAAAGUCUUUUCAUCACACAGCCCUUAAAGGUGCUGGGAUUUGCUGCUUUUUUUGCUCUGGUUCUGAAGAAGGUGGAACAUGAGGAUGAAGAAAACACAGCUAUUGAUGGACCUUUAUCUGCACCAGGUAACUGCCUGCAAAGUGAUUCACACCCUCUCUUCGGGGUCAGAAGGGACAGUAGAAGCAACAUUUACCGGCCACCUCCUGCGGCUGAUGUGGAGAAAAUGAAAAUCAGCUACAUGAAGGAGCAGAAAGCAUUUGCCCUCAUCAGAGAAAUCCUGGCCUAUCUGGGUUUUUUAUGGAUGCUGUUACUGGUUGCCUAUGGGCAGAGAGAUCCCAAUUCCUACUAUUUAAACAAACACAUUGAAGACAGCUUUACAGAUGGAUUCCACGAUGUCUACAGUUACCAGGAUUUCUUCACGUGGGCGAACACUACUUUACUCAAAAAUCUUUAUGGAUCUUAUAAAGGAUUCAUUACAGAUGGCAAUUCCAAGCUGGUGGGUAGUGCUCGAAUUCGCCAAGUAAGAGUGAAAGGAGACACCUGCCCUAUUUCUCCCAGACUCCAGCACGUAGUUGAGGAAUGCCAUGCUCCAUACUCCUUACAGACAGAAGAUACAUCAGUUUAUGGGGAGCACUGGAAUACCUCAGCCCUUGAUAACUCCUCUGAGUUGAGCUCAGCAUGGCAGUAUCAGAGUCAGUCCAAGCUGAGAGGACACCCCAGCUGGGGUAAACUUGCCAUCUACAGCGGAGGGGGAUAUGUGAUUCACCUGGGAACUGACCCUAAAAACGCCUCCAGAAUUCUCCAGUACCUUUUCAACAAUGUCUGGCUUGACACCUUCACAAGAGCAGUGUUUGUUGAAUUUACAGUCUACAAUGCCAACGUGAACCUGUUCUGCAUUAUAAGCCUGAUGUUUGAAAGCAAUGCUUUAGGGGCCUUCUUCACAAGUGCAGAGCUGCAAAGUGUCCGGCUGUACCCCUACACCGACAGCCUCCACAUCUUUGUGGUUGCAGCAGAAGUCAUUUAUUUCCUCUUCAUUGUGUACUACAUGAUAGUACAGGGAAAGCUGCUGAAGAGUCUGAGAUGGAGAUACUUCCACAGCAAGUGGAAUCUCCUGGAGAUGGCCAUUAUAUUGAUUAGCUGGAGUGCUCUGUCAGUGUUUGUGAAACGGACAGUCCUUGGGACCAGGGACAUCAGCUACUACCAGGAACACAAGGAGGAGUCCAUAAGCUUCAGUGAAACAGCAAGAGCUGAUGCAGUUCUUGGCUACCUGAUUGCAUUCCUGGUGCUUCUCUCCACAGUGAAACUGUGGCAUCUGCUGAGGCUCAACCCUAAACUGAACAUGAUCACUUCAACUCUAAGGAGGGCAUGGGGUGAUAUCUCUGGAUUCAUCACUGUUAUUGCAAUCAUGUUCCUUGCCUAUUCCAUUGCUGCAAAUCUGAUAUUUGGCUGGAAGCUCUACUCUUACAAAACCCUCCUUGAUUCGGCAGAGACCAUGGUCAGUCUUCAGCUGGGAAUCUUCAACUAUGAGGAGGUCUUGGACUACAAUCCAAUUUUAGGCUCCUUCUUAAUUGGAUCCUGCAUCAUUUUUAUGACAUUUGUGGUACUGAAUCUGUUCAUUUCGGUGAUUCUGGUUGCUUUUAGUGAGGAGCAAAAGCAUUACCAGGCUUCAGAAGAAGAGGAGAUUGUUGAUCUAAUGCUAAUGAAAGUCUUCAGUUUCUUUGGGAUAAAAUGCAAGAAGGAAGAGAAGCUGGUCACUGGCGAACAACUGGAGCAACCUGUCAGCGAGUGA